AUCUGAAGUUUAACGCACGAGUGACUGACAUGUUUUAGCGUUCUCUGGUAAAUAGUGUUUUAACUUGAGUUUAGUUUGGAAUUCAGCGGGCUACUCUUGUGGUUUAGGCUGCUUGUCUUUCCGUGCUUUGCGUAAGGGAUGGAAACGGCUUGAACCCCAUCGGAAAUACGCUACGGUGCUACGGCCAACCUACAGCUACAGCCACUACGGCUGUUUCGGGCCCUGCUACCUGGUUGCCUACGUCUAAGGUACUACAAGAGCGUAAUAAGUUACGUGAAGGUAGUUACGCACAACGUUGGAGAGGCGCAUACCGUGGUUCAAUCCAAAGGUAUUCCGUUCCCUCGGAGUCGUAAAGCUCGCAUUGAGGAAUGGUCUUUACCUGCUUCACGUAACUAGAAAGACCUAAGGUUCUGCUAUGUCUGAGAACACGGAUUUGAAGUCUGAGCUAGUGCCUGAGGUUGAGGCCCAGGUUGCACCAAAUGCACCCUCGAGAGAGUCUUCCCAAUCAAGUGAUGCCCCCAAGAGCUCCUGGGUGAAGUUCGAUGAUGAUAGUUCUGCAGCAGCCACAAUUGAACCUUCACAGAUACAGACGGUCGAGCCUCCAUUACCCGUUAAGAUGGAUGCCCUGCUCAAGAAAGUGCCUUCUCCUGCUGAGUUGCGGACGGACCUGGGACCCUUGGCUCCACCCAGGCCUCCAGCUUCUGCCAGCUUCUCUGUACCACCUGUGGCUGUCUGCCCGCCUGCACCAGCCAGGCUCAAGCCCCGGGCAUCAGCUGAGCCACAGGUUGUUAGCAACCACGUAGCACCUACAGUCACACAUAGGCUGGAAUCGGUUGCUGUACCCCUCAGUGAGCGCCUGGCUACAAGAACUGCAUCUGCCACUGGUUUUAAUAAUGGUGACAUCAUUGUGAAUGCGCUGCCAACUAACAGGCGUUGCGCAUGGAUCACCAAAGCAGAGUUCAAGCCCGAGUUGGUGCCAGAAGAGCUUAUGGCCACCGGUCUCACGCUGACUGUGGAGGAAUAUGUGGCGGCCAUGAAUGUGCUUGUGCACGAUAUGCGCUUCACCCUCUACAACGUGUGCUACAAGCGUCUGUUGCUGGUCUGGGUGCUUCUGGGUUUCUUCAUUCUGCUCUGCCUGCUCUUCUCUGGUGUUCGAGGCCUCGCCCUUUUUGGCGGUGGCGUUGUCUGGCUUGUGGUCAACGCCUUGGGCAUCUUCGUCUGUAUGUGGCUUAAGUUUAAGUUGCUGCACAUGCUUGAGCGGUGUAUUGCCAGCAUCAACAGCCUCUUCUUUCGUCACAAGAUAUUGCUUGGCCUCGAUGAUCGUGGCAAGAUUUCAUGUCACAAAGUCCAUCUCAUAUUUGUCUAUUUUGAUGUUAGCCAGUGCAUUAGGUACCUAUACGAGAUGCUGGAAAACCAAGACCGUCAAGAUGCCCUUGAUGCAAGAGCCACAGGGGAUGCCACUAACUCGGCUAGAAAUGGUGCAGCACUAUAUCCUGUUGAUCGGACGCGAAUGGACAUUGACAUGUCAGACAUCAUUAUUACAGGAAGCAGCUCUACUACCCGUAUCUCGCAGAGAGAGAAGUAUGCCGAAAAGCUUCUCCUCCGUUACAGCCAACGUUGGGUGAAAGAGUUUGUUCGGAAACGAUUAGACCUCAAUAUGCCUGUGCAUCCUGAUGGCUUUGAGGACGGCCCCUGCCCUCCAGCUCCACCUCGCCACUGUGCCCUGGCACGCUGUCCCUGUCAGUUCAUUGAAGAGCAUCUACGUUUUAAACCCCUCACUAAGUGCAGCCUCUCAGAACUCUGUUUUUAACCUGCUUCUCUGUGCUUUUCUUGUAUGCCAGCAGCGUCAUCGAGGUCUUGUCUUAUACACCAUCACUCAAACAUGGCAUGGUCAUUGAUAAAAGGGAUCUGUAAUGCAUCGCUGAACAGCAUGUUCAGGUCGGUUGUGAAGGUGAAACUGUGGACAGACGUUCACAAAGUUUAUUGGGAAGAUUAGCAUUUUGUUGGCAGCUGCUUUCGAUCUGUCAUGGUUGUGACUUCCUUGGCAAGGGCUUUUAGAAAAAACAGUAGGUUUCCUGGAAAAAAAAAAAGCAAGUUUUUAAAAAUGCCAGGCAACUGUUCAAACUUAGUGCAUCGUCAGAGUGCUACAGUGUACUAAAUACUUAUGGUUUGAUUUGGCGUGACCAGUCAAAUCUAGGCAGAGUUACAGGCAGUUUGUUGCGUAAGUAAGAAUUAAGAGCACAUAGAUUUUAAUAAGCUCGAGGCAUGUUGUCAUCACAGAAAGUUGUACUUGUGAUCAGUCCAACCUGAUUGAGUUUGCCACACUGUAGCACAUUUUUAAAGAUUCAGAGGUGACCCACAAAGGGUUUCAUGCUGCAUUUGUUUACAUCCAUUUUUUUAACCUAAUGUGUGGACGUUUUAGUGCAAUUUUUGUCCAGUGUGACAUAUUCGGUAUGUUUAUUCAAGGUGGCAGCUUUGUUGGAAAGUUCAAUUUUUGUUUUUGAGAAUUGUUCUGCAUUGGUAUUGUAAAAAAGACGCUAAAGAGAAAAAUAAUUUCUUGCGUAUUGGUAAAGUACAAUUUCACAAUCCCAAAAACACCACUCUUACCGUGAGACAAUGCUUGGUAAGCGAGAAAACGCCCGAAAAGAAAAUGCAGAUGGAGAUGCCACCUUCAGAUUACCGCUCCAAACAGCGUGACAUCAUAGAUUUUUGAAGGCAUCUACUGGGUUCUAUGUAUCUUUUAAUCCAUAAAAACAAAGUACAUUGUCAUCUGUGGGUGCCAUAGACCUAGCAUACGAAGUUUCAAAAAAUUUCAUCAAGCGAAUGUUGGAAAAAUAUCAUAAAUACAUUUUGAAAUCUUUGACAUCAUGUACAGAGAAUUAAGAAUGAAAAAGAAACUUUAACCUUGACUUUCUCCACUAAUAAUGAACUUAUCAAUGUGAAACUUAUGGCAUUGGAGUUGUCAAGGUGCUGUUUAUCAAACUAAACCAAGUCAUAGUUUCCCUUUAGUGUCUCUUUAAGUGGUUUUUGCCAAUGAUUUGAGCAUGUCUGUUAAAAAAUUGGCUGAACAUUGACAGCCACCGCUGUAAUAUUUCUGAUGAAGUGCCAUGAUUUUGCAUUUGGGCUGUAAUAGGACUUUACAUUUUUGUCAGUAUGCUUAUGAGUUGAUAAUGAGCUAAUAUGUCAAUGGUUAUUAGCCUUUUUUUUUUGUUUGUGAUAAGUGCUCUUCUUGUGUAUCCCAGGGUGUCAUGUGCAUGGUUUAAAUAUCAGCAUGUCAAGGAUAGGUUUCUCUUGAUUUAGUCAUGAAUUUUAUAAGUCAACUGUUUUACUGCCAUAUUUGGCAUCAAAUCGAACUGUUAAAGGGCCACUCCCCAAAUCUGGGCAUUCUGAGCAAAAAGCCUGACACAUAGGUCACACAGUGGUGGAAUCAUAUAAGCAAAACAUGAAAUGUUUUUGUGGGACAAUAAGAGCUGAAAUUUCAAGCAGAAGACUGUGGUUCAUCUUUCUCUUGAUGAACUGCACCUCAAGUGGUCACAUGCAUAAAUUGCUGUGAAGUCAUAUGGGGUACUGGCAAAAGUUUUUGCUUGUUUCUUUGUGUCAAUUGAAAUCACAUGCAUAAAUUGCUGUGAAGUCAUAUGGGGGACUGGCAAAAGUUUUUGCUUGUUUCUUUGUGUCAAUUGAAAGGGCAAACUCUGAAGAAUCUUGAAAAUGUACUGCUAAGCAUGAGUGCUCCCUCAGAAAGUAAUCACGGCAUGUAUUUAAAAGCUAGUUUCAGUCAUACUGUAUUCUGAUGUCACAACAUCAUAUGAGCUCCUCCACAUGUGCUCAUGCAAAAUAUUGUGACAUUUCCACUCCCACCCUGCAACAUGGCUCCAUUGGUGAUGCACAAGCAGCCAUUUUGAAUGUUUUAAUUGCGCACAAGUAGCCAUUUUUGAAGUUUUGGUACCUUAUGUGAUCACAACUAGUGAAAAUGCUGCAUGUAGUCACCAAAAUUGGUACUGUAGUCUGGAGUCAAGCAAGGUUCAUUGUUAGUAGGUGCGCCAUGAAAAAAUUGGAUUUAAUAUCAAAAUCAAAUAUCUCGCCAGCAUUAGCUGAGCACCAGACUUGCUCAGAGCCAUAUCUGUAUGCAGGAGAUUUGUAUGGCUGAGUAAGUUUGCUAUGAAAAAUGGUGUCACACCUCUUUUAAGUCCCUUUCACAGGGAACAGUUUUCGUUUGGUAACAAGGUUCGUGGCGCGUCAUGCAACAGAAAGAAAGCUGCGCCACUCUGGUCAGUGCGAGACAGAUUUUCAUCUCUGGAGAAAAAAAAAGGCCUCACUUGUCGCUAGCUUUUCCUUUCGUUCUGUUGCAAGGCAGUUUUCUGAUUUCUUCACCAAGCUUUGGUUUGUUUGUUUGUUUUUCUUCCCAGUGAUGAAAAUCGGUCUUGAACUGUCUGUUGCAUCAAGGGCUUCUUUCUGGUGGUUAAAGGUCCUCUGCUGUCAACGAAAAAGUCAUGGAUUAGAUCCUAGUUGCGGUGGUUGCAUUUCAUGGAGGCUAAGUUCUAGGUGCCCUCGUAUUUAUAUUUAAGUACACAUUAGAGAUUCCCAGUUUUUCAAAAAGAGCCCUCUACUGUGGCAUGCCUAAUUAUUAUAUCAUAGUCUUGGUUUGUAAAACCCCAGAAAUUAUCAUUAUUAGAAGGCUUUUUCCAUCACGCGUGUCACCGAUCUCAUCACCAACCAGAAAGAUUUUAGUGCAAAUGUAGCUCUACUGCUCUGUACAAGAGCCCCGCCGCGAUGGUCUAGUGGCUAAGGUGCUUGGCUGUUGACCCGCAAGUCGUGGAGAUCGAGUCCCAGUUGCGGCGGCUGCAUUUCCGAUGGAGGUGAAAAUGCUGUAGGCCUGUGGGCUCAGAUUUGGAUGCACAUUAAAGAACCCCAGGCGAUCGAAAUUUUUGGAGCCCUCCACUAUAGCGUCUCUCAUAAUUAUAUAAUGAUUUUGGAAUGUCAAACCCCACAUAUCAAUCAAUCAAUCCUCUGUACAAGACUUAUGCACCAUGGCAGAUGACUUUCGGUAAUUUCGUUUGUAAAAAUGCUCUCUUUGGGAAUGUGUCAGUGUUUCUCAGCCCUCCUGAAGCAGUAAGUAGGGAAGAAACACCGCGUGUUAGUUGAGGCAAAAGAUCACUAAUUCUUGCCUCUUAGUGGCAUAGAAGCAUGAUAGUUCAGUUUUAUUAACCAAUUUUAAAGAAUUCCUUUAGUAGAAUGCUUCAUGGGUGGGGGCAUCUUACUAUAUCCACUGUGUAGCCAAAAUUUUUACUGGUGCCUGGUGAGUGGCUCUUUAACAGGCUGUCUGUAAUGCCAGCAUGAUCAAUUCACUUUAUAGCAACUGUGUGCUGUCAUUGUAAAUAUGUCCUAAUCGUUACAUUUCCGGUAAAUGCAUCUGAGCUGUACAGAUCUGUUACAUUUUUUUCUGUCUCUUUUGACUUUGACUGUGCAGUUCUUUAGAGUGCCAAUGUCUCCACAUCUUGAGAAUGGAAAGCUUGCUGUCUACGUAACACUGUUCAUGUGGUGCCUAUUAAGAUGUCUGUACUUUUACUUUGUAGAAGAUGCCAGCUUUCUUUACUGGCAGUGCAUAUGGCCUGGUAUAACGUAGCAAUUUUUUUUAGCUCGAUUCUCUGCCACCUUCACUAUCCACUAUUCAUAGUUGACUGAUCCCGCUGACAAAGCACGAAAAGCAAUGAAAUUCGUAUAGAAGUUUUGUGCACGUUAAAGAA